AUGGACGCUACCGAUGGCGACUUCGAUCAAGACAACGCCAUCCUCGCCGAAGAUUGUUGGACCGUCAUCCAGUCCUUCUUCGAUGCCAAAGGUCUCGUGUCGCAACAGCUGGACUCAUUUGAUGAAUUCUUCGGCACCACCAUGCAGGAAAUCGUCAGUGAGCACGGCUCGAUUGCGCUCGACCAGAAUCUUGCAGGGGAAGCGGACGGCACAGGCUGCACGACUGUCAAGCGGCGGUAUGAGAUCCACUUCGGCAAUCUCUUGAUCAGUCAAGCGGCCAUGACCGAGGGCGAUGGUAGUACCAGACCCCUGUUCCCUCACGAAGCGCGCCUACGAAACCUCACAUAUUCCUCCCCCAUCUAUCUCGGCAUGAACAAGACAGUUCUCCUCGCAAAAGAGAGGCCAGCAGGCGCAGAGUUUGACAAAGAGACUGGAAGAUGGGAGCCACCUGCAGACUGGGAUGGACAAGAGACCGAGACGUUCUGGGAGGACGACCCGGAGGAUAAGAACGAUGUGGGCGAAGUGCGCGUCUUCAUCGGAAAGUUGCCGGUCAUGUUAAAGUCGAAGAUCUGCACCCUGCGCAACCGGUCAGAAGCAGAGCUCUAUGCCUUCCAGGAGUGCCCCUUUGAUCAAGGCGGCUACUUCAUCAUCAACGGCAGCGAGAAGGUGCUGAUCGCGCAGGAGCGUAGUGCGGCCAAUAUUGUACAAGUCUUCAAGAAGAAGAACUCGCCGACUCCCGUCGUGGCGGAGAUCCGAAGCGCGGUGGAGAAGGGCACCCGGCUUAUUAGCAGUAUGCAGGUGAAGCUCUUCGCCGGCGGCGACGGUGGCAAAGGCGGUGCAUUUGGCCGCACGAUCAAAGUCAGCUUGCCGUACAUCAAAAGCGACAUCCCCAUCGCCAUCGUCUUCCGAGCACUCGGCAUCGUCUCCGACGAGGACAUCCUCAACCACAUUUGCAGGAGAGACGAUACGGCCAUCUUGGAAAUGCUCAAGCCCUGCUUGGAAGAAGCGUUCGUGGUGCAAGAACGUGACAUUGCGCUGGACUUCAUCGGACGAAGAGGACAGCAGCAAGGGUCCAAGGAGAAGCGUAUCAAGUACGCCCGCGACAUCAUGCAGAAGGAAUUCCUUCCACACAUCUCGCAGGAGGAAGGCGCGGAAACGCGCAAAGCUUUCUUCUUGGGAUAUAUGGUGAAUCGACUUCUGCAAUGCGCUUUGGGUAGGACGGAAGAGGACGACAGAGACCAUUUUGGAAAGAAGCGUCUCGACUUGGCUGGGCCGUUGAUGGCGCAGGUCUUCCGACUGAAAUUCUCCCAGCUGGUCAAAGACAUGAAGAACUACCUCCACCGCUGUGUGGAGUCUGGCAAAGAGUUCAACUUGAACUUGGCGGUGAAGAGUAACAUCAUCACCUCUGGACUGCGGUACUGUUUGGCAACUGGCAACUGGGGCGACCAAAAGAAAGCGGCGAGUGCAAAAGCUGGUGUGAGUCAAGUGCUGAAUCGAUACACCUAUGCUUCCACAUUGUCACAUCUGCGGAGAACGAACACUCCCAUCGGGAGAGACGGAAAGAUCGCCAAGCCCCGACAGCUGCACAACACUCACUGGGGUCUGAUCUGUCCCGCAGAAACGCCCGAAGGUCAGGCUUGUGGUCUGGUCAAGAAUCUCAGUUUGAUGUGUUACGUCUCUGUGGGAACACCAGGGAUGCCGCUGGUGGACUACAUGCGCCAGCGCGGCAUGGAACUGCUGGAAGAAUACGACCCCAUCAUGAACCCCGACUCGACAAAGGUCUUUGUCAACGGUACUUGGGUCGGAGUGCAUCGCAACCCCGGUCAACUUACAUCGACACUUCUCGAGAUUCGACGCAAAGGUCUCAUCAGCUUCGAGGUCACCAUCAUUCGAGAUGUGCGCGAGCGAGAGAUCAAGAUCUUCACGGAUGCCGGUCGCGUGUGCCGACCGCUGUUUGUCAUUGACAACGAUCCGAAAUCGGAGAACCGCGGCCAUCUCGUGCUGAAGAAAGAGCAUAUCGACAGGCUCAAAGGGUACAAGGAGUUCCUCGAGUCAAGCGAAUCACAAGGGCUCAGCGAGCAGGAAAAGGAAGAUACGUCCGAUAACGAGAACUGGAUGCAUUGGCGAGAUCUCAUCAAGCAGGGCGUCGUUGAGUAUCUCGAUGCGGAGGAAGAGGAGACGGCGAUGAUCAUCAUGACGCCCGAAGAUUUGGAAGAGCAUCGCGUGGUGCGGGAUGGCUAUGAACUGCCCGACUCCAAGGAUGAUCCACACCGAAGAAUCAAGGCGAAGCCCAACAAGUUCGUGCGGACCUGGACUCAUUGUGAGAUCCAUCCGGCCAUGAUCUUGGGUAUUUGCGCGAGCAUCAUCCCCUUCCCCGAUCACAACCAGAGUCCCAGAAACACCUAUCAAUCGGCCAUGGGCAAGCAAGCUAUGGGUGUUACGUUGACGAACUACAACGUUCGCAUGGAUACGAUGGCCAACGUGCUGUACUAUCCCCAGAAGCCUUUGGCGACGACGAGAAGCAUGGAAUUCCUCAAGUUCCGUGAUCUGCCCGCCGGACAAAACGCGAUUGUGGCUAUUGCAUGCUAUUCUGGAUACAAUCAGGAAGAUUCCGUCAUCAUGAACCAGAGUUCCAUCGACCGCGGACUCUUCAGGAGUCUCUUCUUCCGCUCUUACCUCGACCAGGAGAAGCGAGUGGGAAUGAGCGUGGUGGAAGCGUUCGAGAAGCCGGUCCGAAGCGACACUCUCAGGAUGAAGCACGGCACAUACGACAAGCUGGACGAUGAUGGUAUCAUCUCUCCUGGUGCACGAGUGAGCGGUGAGGACAUCAUCAUCGGAAAGACCGCCCCCAUUGCACCGGAUGCGGAGGAGCUCGGUCAGCGCACCAAACUCCACGUGAAGCGCGACGUCUCAACUCCUCUAAGAAGUACCGAGAACGGCAUUGUGGACCAAGUCCUCCUCACUACCAACUUGGAAGGCCUGAGGUUCGUCAAAGUCCGCACGAGGACGACAAAAGUCCCGCAGAUUGGCGACAAAUUUGCCUCCCGCCACGGUCAAAAGGGUACGAUCGGUAUAACAUACCGACAAGAAGACAUGCCAUUCACCGCCGAGGGCCUCACCCCCGACAUCAUCAUCAACCCCCACGCCAUUCCCUCUCGCAUGACAAUUGCUCACUUGAUCGAAUGUCUCCUCUCCAAAGUCGGCGCAGUGACUGGACAAGAAGGCGACGCCACCCCCUUUACCGACGUCACCAUCUCCAGCAUCUCCAGCAUCCUCGCCGACAGCGGCUUCCAGCAGCGCGGCUUCGAAGUCAUGUACAACGGGCACACGGGCAAGAAACUCGCCGCCCAAAUCUUCCUCGGCCCCACCUACUACCAGCGCCUGCGUCACAUGGUCGACGACAAAAUCCACGCCCGCGCGCGCGGGCCGCUGCAAAUCCUCACGCGUCAACCCGUCGAAGGCCGCGCGCGCGACGGCGGCCUGCGCUUCGGCGAGAUGGAGCGCGACUGCAUGAUUUCGCACGGCGCCUCGGCCUUCCUCAAGGAGCGCCUGCUCGACGUCUCCGACGCGUUUCGCGUGCACAUUUGCGAAAUCUGCGGCCUCAUGACGCCCAUUGCCAAGAUCCAGCAGCAGCAGUUUGAGUGCCGCCCGUGCCGCAACAAGACCAAGAUUGCGCAGAUAGUCAUCCCGUACGCGGCCAAGCUGCUGUUUCAGGAGCUGGCGGCGAUGAAUGUGGCGACGCGCAUGUUUACCGAUCGCAGUGGGGUUAGUAUUCGUUAG